UGUUGCAUGGCAGAUACAUCGACAAGCGUGUAGUUGUUUGACUUCUCUCACGUGUGACUAUUUUUUUUCACCCAUUUUAAGAGGCAAUCUUAUAGAAAAUGGAUGCAGUUUUAGCAAACGAAGCUGAUCUAAAUUCCAUUGUCAAAGAAUAUCUGGAUUAUCUGGGAUAUUCGAGGACAUCGUCUGCAUAUGAAGAUGAGUUAAAUUCGCUAGGAAAACAGUUAAAUCAGCUAAUCACACCAAGAAAUGACUCGCAGAAAACUGAAAUUCAGGAUAAAUUGUUGUCAGCCUUUGCUGAUGGAAGAUACGCAGAGUUUUUCAGAAUAUGGGAGGAUUGUAUCCCCGACAAUGUUCAAGAAACUGACCGUGUCUGCCAGAAGCUGGUCUUCAACAUAAAUAUUUACUUCGCACUCUUUCCCAUUCUUCACGGUAACCACAACAAGCGAGAACUGGAGCGAUCAAUGCAAAUUUUCAAGUCGUAUCUUGAAACUAAAGGAGCUGCUUUAAGCCAGACAACAGAGUUCCUUCCCUAUUAUGCAUUGCCAUUUAUUCCUGACCCUACGUCUCAUCCAUCUUUUAAACCACUUUUUGCCAGUUCAUGGAGUUCUGAUCUCAAGAGAGACUUGCAAGUAUUUCUUGCAGCAACUCUUAAGUCAGAGGAAAAGCCACAGCUCUAUACUUUGUUUAUGAGGAAUUCCACAGAGAUAGAGAGAGAAAGAAAACUGCACAAUGAACAACUCAAGAAACUACAACUUCAGCUGACAGCAAAGGAACAGAGAUUUGCCCAAUUUGAAAAGAGAUACCUUAAAAUACAGGGUGAUUACCAUAAGCUCAUAGGUGUUGCCGCUGAAUUGGUGGACUCACUGGAGGAUGCUGUCCGCGGAAAAAUGGUGACACCAGAAUACCUUCAAGACAUUUGCAUGAGGCUCUUUUCUCCCUCUGUUAGAGAGUCUUUAGAUGUUAGCAAGCCAGGAACAGCAAGUUCAAUGCUAAGGGCAUCUGUUGUCAAUGAUGAACUUCCUAGUCUUUCUGCAAGUGUGGAUGUUCCAUACAAACAAACUCUUGACUAUGAUAAGAUAAAGAUGAACCUGCUUUCUCUGCCUGAAAGGAAGAAAGCGUUUCUGUUACAGGCACUGAGGUGGAAUCUGACCCAAGCACCUACCCGUGAACAACGAGACAGCAUUGUUAAUGCAUACAUUAUCCAUGAUUUGCUUGGCUGCUCUCUUGACAGCCACUUGAGAAGUGGAAUACUAGACCUCCUGAAUUCACCAAAUGAAAUAGUUAGACAAUACUUGGCAAGGUUGUUCAAUGCCUUUGCGUCUCUCUCAGCAGGCCGCUCUUAUUUAGCACAGAAUCAAUCCAUUGUGCAUGCCUUACUGUCAGUCCUAAAGAAGGAAUCAAAAACAUCCCUCACCAGUGAAAACAUUCUGGGGACCUUGCAGAAGCUUAGCCUACGAAGGCAAAUGCAGUCUAUGAUGAUCAAUGGUGAAGUGAUUCAGUGGCUGUCUCAGCUAUUGAUGGACCAUGACAAUCUAUCAGACUACACAUUGGAGUAUUCAGUUGCUCUGCUUAUGAACCUCUGUCUACGCUCUGGAGGGAAGAGAAAGUGUAUCAAAGAUGCUUCUCAAAUUCUGCGAGUUUUAAGUGAUCUCUUGGGGCAUGAGAAUCAAGAGAUACGUCCGUAUGUGAAUGGUGCCCUGUACAGCAUCCUAGCUUUACCUGCAGUGAAAGAGGAAGCUAGAGCACAAGGAAUGGAGGAGAUCCUUGAGUGUUUCCUGAAAGAUGACAACCCCGAUAUGACCAGACAGAUCCAAUUUAUCAUCAAACAACUCAACACUGAUGAUCCAUCUGCAACAAAUGACCCUGAGUCUGAUGACGAAGAUGAGGAAGAUGACGAUGAUGAGGGAGACGCUAUUGAUGCUGAGCUGGAUAAACAAGAAAUUCUUGAACCAAAUGAAGGAGAGCUGUUUGGUGAUGAGCUACUCAAUACUUGUUAUGCAAUGCCAAAUUCUAAUCUAUCUCAGCAGCCAAAGAACAAGAAAAAGUUUCCAGUUCCUCUUGACCCCAAUCACCCUCUAACAAGACCCACCACUCCUGGAGCAAGAGGGACAGAUGCUUUGCAGGAUAAUACUCCCCAACCAUUAACUUCCACAAUACGACCAAAAUCUGGACAACAGAGCAGGCCAACAACAUCAUCUAAAUCAAGGCAUGGCUCAAGACCAACAACGAAUGGAGCAGCAGAGGAGAGGCCUUCAAGUACCAGGCAAGGAGCAAACCCAACCCCUUCUGAUGGAAGUUCAAGGCCACCCCCUCAAGUGGUUGAGCCUCCUGCAGGUAAAUCUACAUUUAAAUCCCCCUUUGUCUCAAGACCCAAGAUCCCUCGCACACCAGACUCGAGGCCCAGAACUAGCACUCCACCACCUUUAGGACGAUCAGCCUCCCCUCCCAGACCAUCUUCAAAGGAUGGCAGGCCUGGGACAUCAUCAUCAAGGAAAAGCAGUCACUCAAAUAAACAGUAAAAGACUAUAAAAAUACCACUAAGACUUAUGGUAAGACUCUCUAACUGCACAAGCAGAGCUAAAAACUUCCUGAUCUGUGUAACCUUUUAACCCUUACACUCUAAUCUCUGUAUCCUUAUUCUCCUUCUUAGGGUUUUCUUUAAGGGUUUUAAGCAGCCGGAACUUUUUUAACGGUAACUGGUUGUGGGUCCAGAGUGUCCCGAAACUCCUCUUUCCCAGAUUCCUGCUUGCAUAAUUAUGUAUUCAUAUCUCAAAAUCCAAUAUGGUGGACAAAAUGUCAUACCGUUUGUACUUUCCUGCCUCCGCAGCAAGAUUUGUCAAAAAGACAGUCCCCAUCAUAAUGGUUUUAUACUAACCUUGAGUCAGAAGUCUUUUUAUGUUUUCAGAAAAGAUAGGCAGUGCAAAUUUAUAUUUUUAUUGAGCCCAAGUUUCGACCUGAUAAACAUCAUCUCUGUACAGGCUCUUGGAGCAAUGAAAGUAGCUGGCGAAACCUAGCAGAGAAGCUGGCGUACUUUGCCGGCUGCCGGCUCCUAUCUACAACCCUGCAAACAGUUCUAUAUACAUGGCCUUUGGGAGUAAGAAAGAGAAAUGGUUUACCUUGACAAUCAAAGUUUCUUAGGUCGGUGAUCAUUUCCUUUAUUCUCCUUAUUUUAGUGAAUGAUUCAGCAGUAUUAUUGUUGGGAGAAAUUAGAUGCUGGUCACUCUUAGGGUUUUAAAGAGUUAACAGUGCCUUUAACAGUGUAAAGGUUGACCAAUACAGGACAAUUUUCUCCGUCAAAGUCCAAAACACCAAUAAAGAUUCUCAUUGAUAAUUAUUUCUGUAAGAAUUCUUUAUGUCAAAAAAGACAUGACUUUUGCUUCUUUGAGUUUUCAAGGGUACCAUGAUAUUUACAAGCGAGAACAGCUGUAAGUUGUUUGGGGCUUUAUAGAACAUCAUCGCAUCUAGUUGUCCUUGACAUCAGUUGAAUUUUCUCUUGUAGAGUACAAAUGAGUACAAAUUUUUCCAAUUCAAAUAUUCUCAGAGAAGCAUCUGGCUCAUGCCAAUGUAGUUCUUUAACUUGAAUCAAAACGAGGUCAAAUGCAUCACAUUUGAUUGACAUUAUCAUCUUUUUCCAUAAAUAUUUGUUCUUUUUCAAGACAUUAAUAAGAAUCCAGUUGUGAAAGAGAAUCAACAAGUGAUGGGCUUAAAAAUGAAAAUUUUAAAGGUGGUAUGAAAAAUCUUGGCAGUGUUGAAUGUACAGUAUAGAAGAGGGUUUUUAAAAUGGGAAAAUCAUGUUGACAACAACACCUGUGUGUAGUGUACAUUUACCAAACAAAUUGACACCUUAGAGUAACUCCCAAACCUGAAAUGUCUCUAUGGUUGAUUUUGACAUUCUGUAAAUCCUUCACUUCAAAGAUCUGAUCAUUAAUUUUCUUAAUGUUAUCACAUUAAUUUAAUGUUCUUUUUCAUUUCAUGUUUGCUUCAUCUGUGCACUUGUUCUUUAGCAUCAAUUGAUAUUU